AUGAUUAAGGCUUUACGCAAGAGCUCUACCCGCAAUAAUUACAAGAGUCUUUAUGAUGGAGUGAGAAAGUAUUUAUUCAAUGAAACUGUACAUAAUGUUGACCAAGGCUCAAGUCUCAUGAAACAUCAGGGAAAUCAGUUUUUAGACAAUGAUUCUGGAAGUAAUAAAUGUAGGAAUAUCUUUUAUCAAAGAGCAGAUGUUUCUCUGUAUGAAAGUGUGGAUAUUGGAAAGAAGGCUUAUAAUUGUAGUGAAUAUAGUAAAGUUUGUUAUCAGUCUUGUAAACUUAUUCAACAGCAGAGUAUUCAGAAUGUGGAGAAACAUUACAAGUGUAACACAUGUGGGAAAAUAGUCACUAAAUCAUUAAAUCUAAGUAGCCAGAGGAAAAUCCAUACAGAAAGGAAGCCUUUCAAAUGUACAGAGGGUGGCAAAGCCUUUAUCUGUUCCUUGUGUCUUACUCAACAACAACGAACCCAUACUGGGGAGAGACCGUAUACAUGUAAGGAAUGUGGCAAAGGCUAUACCUGUUGCUCAAAUCUUACUCAACAUCAGGUAAUUCAUACUGGAGAAAAGCCUUACAAAUGUAGAGAAUGUGGCAAAGUCUUUAAUAGGCAUUCAUAUCUCACUAUGCAUCAGCGAAUUCAUACUGAGGAUACUCUAUACAAAUGUAGAGAAUGUGGCAAAGCCUUUAUCUGUGGCUCACAUCUUAUUCAACAUCAGCAAGUUCAUACUGAAAAGAAGCCUUAUAAAUGUACAGAAUGUGACAAGUCUUUUAGGCGGCAUGGAAGCCUAACUCAACAUCAGAUAAUUCAUAUUGGGGAGAAGCAGUUAAAUGGACAGACUGUGGGGCUGCUGACAUUCCAGGAUGUGACCAUAGAUUUCACUCAAGAGGAGUGGGAAUGCCUGGACCUCGGUCAGCGGGAAUUGUACAGGGAUGUGAUGUUAGAGAACUACGGGAAUCUGGCCUGCUUGGGUCUUGUGGUCUCUAAGCCAGACCUGGUCACGUUUCUGGAGCAAAUGAAGGAUCCCUGGGAUGCAAGGAGAAUGGAGACAGCCAUAUACCCAGGAUGUCUCCUCAUGGCCAACUGCAGUCCUCUGCCUGGGUCUGCUCUCCGAAACCCGCGUUCCAGCACCCAGCCCUUGUCUGCAGCGGAGGACACCCUCUCAGGCUGGGUGGGCAAGGCAGGGGUCAAUACCCUGCGUGCACGUCUCACUCUGUCCUGCACGCUGGUUGCCGUGUUCUCUUCCCACAGAGAACAAGGCUCCCCUUCUGUCCCUGCUGAGCUCCCCUCAGUGUCCAAGUUCCUCUGCCUGUGUGCCACAGGGCUCUGUGAGAAUUUUUCCACUUCAAGAUGUAUUCUUGAUGCUUUUGUGGAGAGAGAUGAACUCCACGUCUUCCGAAUCCUCUGCCAUCUUGACUCCUUCUAUCUCGGUUUUAGGCUUAAUCUAGCCAAGUAUAAACGAAUCCAUACUGUGGAGAGACCUUACAAAUGUACAGCAUGUGGCAAGGCUUUUAAGCAGAGUUCAAAUUUAACUCAACAUCAGCGAAUCCAUACCGGGGAAAGACCUUAUAAAUGUACAGAAUGUGGCAAAGCCUUUACCUAUUAUUCACUUCUUAUUCGACAUCAACGAAUCCAUACUGGGGAGAGACCUUACAAAUGUACAGCAUGUGGCAAGGCUUUUAAGCAAAGUUCAGCUUUAACUGAACAUCAGCGAAUCCAUACUGGGGAGAGACCUUAUAAAUGUACUGCAUGUGGCAAAGCGUUUAUCCAGUAUUCACUUCUUACUCAACGUCAACGAAUCCAUACUGGGGAGAGACCUUAUAAAUGUACAGCAUGUGGCAAGGCGUUUAAGCAGAGUUCAAAUUUAACUCAACAUCAACGAAUCCAUACUGGGGAGACACCUUAUAAAUGUACAGCAUGUGGCAAAGCCUUUAUCCGUCAUUCAAUUCUUAGACGACAUCAACGAAUCCAUACUGGGGAGAGGCCUUAUAAAUGUACAGCAUGUGGCAAGGCUUUUAAGCAAAGUUCAGCUUUAACUGAACAUCAGCGAAUCCAUACUGGGGAGAGACCUUAUAAAUGUACUGCAUGUGGCAAAGCGUUUAUCCAUUAUUCACUUCUUACUCGACGUCAACGAAUCCAUACUGGGGAGAGACCUUACAAAUGUACAGCAUGUGGCAAGGCUUUUAGGCAAAGUUCAGCUUUAACUGAACAUCAGCGAAUCCAUACUGGGGAGAGACCUUAUAAAUGUAUAGACUGUGGCAAAGCCUUUUCCCAGAGUUUAGGUCUUUCUCGACAUCAGAGAGGUCUGGGGAGCAGGCAGCCUGCAGGUCCUUGA